GUUUGCUUCACCUACUUGCUAUCUGACUUCAGAAGAAUUCUCAAACAUCAUCAGUACUACUACCACCACCACCAUGGCUUCUGAUCAAAGCAUAGAAACAGACGUUCAAUACGUUAUCACAAGAAAACGAAAGAGACCUGCUUACGACUCCCAAGACGAAGAGGCCCUCGAUUCGCUUCAUUUCAAGUCUUCGAUGGACAUACGCGAACCAUCCUUAGGCCUCGUCCCUCCAAUUGUCAACCUUGCUCCAACUAGGAACACCACCGCGGCCAAACUUAACCGUAAUCAGGAGGCUGUGUCCGUGGACAAAUUUAUUCGUCAAGUCAUUACGGAGGUGCCUGGACCGCAGCGCAAACGGAAGCUACGGACCGUACAGCUAGAUACAUCCAUUUCCUCCACGGGCGGUGCAAAUAUUCAGCCAGUCACUCCGCCUGCUCGAGCCAAGGUCUACGCCUCCAAUGGAGGGCGAAUUUCCAAAAAGCCCGUCGGGGCCAGGAAACCGAUGACUCUGACGCAAAGGCUUGCUCGCGCUGCCAUGCUCUCCCAUGUGGAAACGAACGAGAUUCUGGAUUCUCUAGCUAUAUCUUCCCGUCGGCCUCUCGAUUUUGUGCCGUUCCAGAAAUUCGCAACACCUCCAUGUUCGCCGAAGAAGACACUUGUCAACCAAUCAACGUCUUCUGGUGUCGGAUCAUCCUCUGGAGCGCGUCGUCCCUCUGAGGUUUCUGCAGCCAUGAUCCGCGGCAAUCGAUGCCAGGCGAAAAAGAAGCAUACUUCUGAGCGUCCUGACUGUCCUCCUUUGAACUUCGUUCCCGAACAUGAAGCGAGGGCCGCAUAUACUGCAAUGUUUCCGCACAACAGACGCAAGCAAAAACCAAAACCAAAAAAACCUACUACCGAGCGUCCCGACUGUCCUCCUUUGACUUUCGUUCCCGAACAUGAAGCCAAGGCCGCGUAUGCUAUAAUGUUUCCGCCUAACAGACGCAGGCAAAAACCAAAACCAAAAAAACCUACUUCCGAGCGUCCUGACUGUCCUCCUUUGACCUUCGUUCCCGAACACGAAGCCAAGGCCGCAUAUGCUGCAAUGUUUCCGCCCAACAGACGCAAGCAAAAACCGAAAUCGAAUCCGAAUCCUACUACCGAACGUCCUGACUGUCCUCCUUUGACUUUCGUUCCCGAACAUGAAGCCAAGGCUGCAUCUGCUGUAAUGUUUCCACGCAGGCAAAAACAAAAAACAAAACAUACUACCGAGCGUCCUGACUGUCCUCCUUUGACCUUCGUUCCCGAACAUGAAGCCAAGGCCGCAUAUGCUGCAAUGUUUCCAUAUACAAGCCCAACAGACGUAGGCAAACACAACAACCUACUUCACAACCUACUUCACAACCUCCCUCACGUGAAGCGAAGGCCAUACAUUCUGACAAAUUCUCCACCCUUGGUGGACACUUCGGAUUCGCCCAUGCUGGACCGAACCGAACCCUUUGACGAAUUGCUUAGACGACCACAGCAAACCCAGCUUCUUGGACAAACGAUACAUUCGCAAUUUACGAACUACUCCACCUACUUUGUUAUAACACGUCUCUCCGACGUCCAAUUUCUACUGCUUUCCAAAACGACACAAUAACUUCGUUGUAUUAAAUUUCUCUGUAGC